AUGGCUUUGCGCUUACGCCACCCGUCUUGCGAUUCCAAAUCUUCGACUCCGUCUCCAAAGGCGGCGCCGGCUUCGGUAGACAAAUCUGCAGUUUCGUCAGUUUCGUCUACUCCUUCGCCAGCCGCUGUGCCAACCGUGGAGAAAGCUGCCAUUUCUUCGGGAGUGCCUGGUCGCUUUACUUCUUUGCCGGAGAAGGCUGCGAGACCAGAUGCUGAGCUACCGCAGGAAGCAUUGGUCAAUCUGGCAUUGCGCCGAAACCAUUUGCUGCAGUUGAGCGUGCGCAAGCAAGCUGCUGAGGAAGCUGCGAUGGUGGCUGCUGCCACUGCAGGACCUUCGCCUGAGCGAACCGGAUCUCCUGCAGACACUGCACCCACGCUUGAGCUUCCACAAAUGGAGGUGCCGGUCAAGGAGCAGAUCUUCCCGAAAGUGGAAGAGGCAGAAGAGCCAGAGACGCUGCUUUAUGAGCCACAAGCUCCUGAAGGUGUUGGACCUGAUGUUGUUGCUGCCCAAGACAGUCUGGAAGCGGCAGAAGAUGGCCCCCCUGAAGGACACACCCUGAAGACUGGUGAGGCAACGGCGGUUGGCAAAGACCCGGUGGCCAAGGAUUUGCUGGUAGCGUUGGAGUCUGUCCAAGAUGAUUUGCAAUCUCUUGAGAUAGAUGAAGGUGACCUUCGCCGACAGCAAUUGCAGAUGAGAGCGGACGAGCAGGAGAAAGCCCAGGAACAGAAGGAAAAAGCCAAGGUGAAGAACGCAGCGACAAAGGCCAAAGCCAAAGCAAAGAAGGAACCGAAGCCAAAGGGCCGUCCACGCAAAAUUGGAGAUAUCGUCCGUGAGCCUGCAGCUGGUUCCGCUGAAGUUCCAGGCGCCGAAGCAUCUGAGCCACCUGCCAAGAAGCUACGAGUCCGGGGCAAGACUGCUCAAGGCCAUCCUGCAGCGGGUCCAGCACCAUCUGCAGCUCCCCCUGCCCAUCAACCUCCUGCGCCUGCCCGUGAGCCUUCUGCACCUGCCCCUCCGCAGCCUCCGCAGAUCCGCCCAACAGCUGUCAAGGCCAAGGCCAAGCGCGGCCCGACGCCCAGGCCGCAGGCAGAGGAGAACGUGCAGCCAGAGCCUGCUUGGGUGCUGCAGAUGACUUCCUUGCUGGUGAAAUUCAAUGCCAGCAAGCCUUACGAUCGUCAGUCGGAAACUUUGCACAAAGGCAACUUUGGCCCCUUUGUGCAGACCUCUGUGUAUUGGAACCGCGCAGCUGUCGGAGUGAAAGUCAAAAGGGGCGCUUCUUGGACUCAAAUUUGCUAUUUCACAGCGAAGAACAUCGCCGUCGCCAUUUUUUCUGCUGCUGAAUAUGCGACCACCUUGGCACAGCAAGGCAUAGAUUCUCAGUGGUGGCAGACCAGGGAAGCGGCAACUUUGGAGAGGAAGCUGCGGCUGAGUGCGGAAGCUGCUGUGCAGCAGUACAGCCAGCAGUAUGCUUGA